AUGGAGAAGGUGAACAUCGAACCAUGUGUGAAGAUGGACACCCAAACCCUUGAUCUUCUCAAGAUAAGAGAUGAUGUCACAUGGUACAUAAGGAAGCUAGGCUUGAGCAAGCUCUUCAAGCUAGAAUGUAGUGAGUACUCACAACUCACCAAGGAGUUCCUCUCCACAGUAGCUCUUGCCUUUCCCAACCACAAUGGAGACCAACCAGCUGGUGAUGGACUCCUACUCUUCAAGAUAGGCGAUGCCAAUGGGCGCAUCUCCAUCUCAGCUCUAUGCCAACUCUUUGGACUUCCCAAUGAGACAGCACAUGACUUCAAGGAGAACUCAAAGAGGAAACAAGCUGCCUUUGCUGAUUGGACACACUUUGCCAAUGAACCAUUCUUGCCUUCAAGGUCAAAGGUGUCUAGAAUCACUCAUCCAGCCAUUCGCUAUGUGCACCGCCUCAUCUCCACCACUUUCCAAUGCAAACAAGAAGCCAACAAGGUCACAACUGAUGAGUUCUACAUCCUCACCACACCAUUCAUCAAGCAUGAGUACAAGGCCAACCUUGGACUUUUACUUGCCAAGACAUUCAUCAAUGUGAGGAAGCUAGCUCAAAGACUUGGAAGGCAACAAGAAGCUUUGUCAUGCAGUCAAGACUCAACGCCGCUCCAAGAACGCCAUGUUCUCACUACUGGCAUGGCUGCGCAUCAAGCUCUAGACCGUGUUAACAAGCUGGAGAAGAUAGUGGAAUGCCAAUCUCGCUUCAUCUCACGCCUAGUCCGUGUAGUUCGCCACAUUGCACCGGAGAGACUCUUUCGCCCUUCUUCCACCGCUAGAGAGCCAUAUGAGCCUGACCUUGGUGAGUUCUCACUAGACUCAGAGCUUGGUUCAGAAGGCGAUGACCCCAUAGAUGAGGAAGAGAGUUCUUCUCACUGCCACACAUAG